AGGAUUAUAGGCGUGAGCCACCGCGCCCGGCAUGCUGUUUAUUCGUUAAACAGACGAACAAACAAACGCACUUAGCGCCUACCAUAAGCCAAACUCUGUGCUAGUGCUGGAGGUGAAGUGCGGAACAGGACAGCAAAGGUUCCAACCCGCGUGGGGAAGCAAUCACCCUCGGGAGGUGGUACUUCAAUUGAGGUUAGAAGAAAAAGCAGGAGUGAGUGAUUCAGACCAGGCCAGGCAGUCAGGAAGCUUGAGAGACAUAGCCUUCUGAAGCGGGUCUGGAGCAAGAGAGUGAGGGAGACCAGUGGGUAGGGGCCAAAUCGUGCAGGGCUUGUGGAGACUGUAUUUUACCCUGAGGGUAAUUGGGAGCCAGUAAAUUAUUUUAAGAGAAAAUAGUGGUAUGGGCAAAUUUUAAUUUUUCAAAAUGGAGCGCAGGUUGAACGGGGCAAAAGUAGAGGCAGGGAGAGCCGUUAAGAGGCUACUGUGGCUGUCUUGGCGACACAUGAUGAUGUCUUUAACCAGGGUGGUGCCGUGAGAGAUAAAGAGAAGUGGAUAGUUACAGGUACGUUUAGGAAGUAAAAUCAGACAGGGCUGGUGACAGUAAACAGCCCUACCUCAAAAAAGGUCCUGGAAAAGAAAACAUUUUAUUUUGCUCAUUAACCCAUCAGGCAUCCCCCUUCCCGUAACCCUGUCGUCUCGAUAAAUGGAGACAGCAGGGGGACGAGGGGCGGGGCAGGAGCCCACAAAAAUCCGGGAACUUAAAUUUAAACUGGGUGGACGUCAGCGGAGAGUAGAUUAAAGAACACAGAAACUUCCGGUUACUCCGGAAGUGAAAGCUUCACAUACUUCUAAGCUCCUCCCCCGGCGGCGAGCCAGGGAGAAAGGAUGGCCGGCCGGGCGGCGCGGUUGGUCCUGCUAGCUGGGGCCGCGGCCCUGGCGAGCGGCUCCCAGGGCGACCGUGAGCCGGUGUACCGCGAUUGCGUACUGAAGUGCGAAGAGCAGAACUGCUCGGGGGGCGCUCUGAAGCACUUCCGCUCCCGCCAGCCAAUCUACAUGAGUCUAGCAGGCUGGACCUGUCGGGACGACUGUAAGUAUGAGUGUAUGUGGGUCACCGUUGGGCUCUACCUCCAGGAAGGUCACAGAGUGCCUCAGUUCCAUGGCAAGUGGCCCUUCUCCCGGUUCCUGUUCUUUCAAGAGCCAGCAUCUGCUGUGGCCUCUUUUCUCAAUGGCCUGGCCAGCCUGGUGAUGCUCUGCCGCUACCGCACCUUCGUGCCAGUGUCCUCCCCCAUGUACCACACCUGUGUGGCCUUUGCCUGGGUGUCCCUCAAUGCAUGGUUUUGGUCCACAGUCUUCCACACCAGGGACACCGACCUCACAGAGAAAAUGGACUACUUCUGUGCCUCCACAGUCAUCCUACACUCAAUCUAUCUGUGCUGCGUCAGGACCGUGGGGUUGCAGCACCCAGCUGUGCUCAGUGCCUUCCGGGCUCUCCUGCUGCUAAUGCUGACCGCGCAUGUCUCCUACCUGAGCCUCAUCCGCUUCGACUAUGGCUACAACCUGGUGGCCAACGUGGCUAUUGGCCUGGUCAACGUGGCAUGGUGGCUGGCCUGGUGCCUGUGGAACCAGCGACGGCUGCCUCACGUGCGCAAGUGCGUGGUGGUGGUCUUGCUGCUGCAGGGGCUGUCCCUGCUGGAGCUACUGGACUUCCCACCACUCUUCUGGGUCCUGGAUGCCCACGCCAUCUGGCACAUCAGCACCAUCCCCGUCCAUGUCCUCUUUUUCAGCUUUCUGGAAGAUGACAGCUUGUAUCUGCUGAAGGAAUCAGAAGCCAAGUUUAAGCGGGACUAAAGACCUUGGGAGCGGGUCUGCCCCAGUGGGGAUCCUGCCCCCACCCUGCUGGCUUCCCUUCUCCCCCCAAGCCUUGAGAUGAUUCAUUUUCUCCUUUCAACUUCUUGAACUUGGACAUGAAGGAUAUGGGCCAGCCCAUUCCUGCUGGCUCUCACCAGCCUUGGAGCCUGUGCUAGGGAAGGCCUCCCAGCAUCUGGGACUAGAGAAUGGGCAGCCCCUCUGCCUCCUGAAUGUGUUCUUAGCUCCACCGGGAGGAAAGCUGCCUGUUUCCUCCCCAUAUCCCCCGCUGCCUGGCUUGGUCCCAGAGCCCUCUGUCUACUUGGGAGACCGGGGACCACAGGCCUUAGGGAUACAGGGGGUCCCCUUCUCUUGCCACCCCAACCCUCCUCCAGGACACCACUAGGUGGCGCCAGAUGCUUGUUCUUUGGCCAGCCAAGGUUCAAGGUGAUUCUCCUGAUGGGAUCUUGAGGGACCAAGCUGCUGGGAUUGGGAUUGGGAAGGGGUUUCACUUUGAUCAUUGCCAGGUUCCCAGGAGGCCUCACCACACUCCCCCUCGGGGCCAGAGCCCCAGCAAGCCCAGGGCAAAGAUCCCCUGCUGAGGUCUGGUUAAGAGCCUGCCACCGUGUGUCAGGAGUGUGGGCCAGGCCAAGUGCAUAGCUGACCUGUGGUAAGUAUGGGCUUGGGUGUGUGUGAGCUCAGGCCUACGUGUGCAGCAUGGAGAGGGGUGUUGCAGGGUACGAGGUGUGGUUUCAAAGUGUGUGUGUGCAGGGGGUGGGUGGGUUAGCUGGGUUAGGGGAACAUGCAUGUGAGCGUGCUGAUGGGCAUGUGAGGCGAGUGUGACUGCAGGUGAACGUGCCCUCAGCUGAGAGGUUGGAGAGGAUGAGGGAAUCAUGUCACCAUCAGUAAUCACUGUGGAGCACCAGCUCUGCCCAAGGCCUCAGCUGGGCAGACAGCCAGGACCUCUGCACAGCCAGGCUGCCUGUGUGCGUGUUCCCUGUCCUGUGCCCCCUGCACACCUUGCAGGGCCUCCACACAACAGUACCCUCCAGAACCAGCCCCUCGGGGGCAGAGGAAGGAAAAUGCGGAUGCAUGGGGCUCUCUCCAGCCUCUGUAUCUCCUUGCCUUGGCAUGGUUGACCUCCCCUCCAAAACCCCCUUUCCCCUGCUGCCAGCCCCUUUGCAUCACCUGGACUUUGGGGAGGGGGAAGGGAUUUGAGGGAGAAGGGGAGAAAGCUUGUGGCUGGGUCUGGUUUCUGCCCUCCCCAGAGGGUCUUACUGUUCCAGGGUGGCUCCAGGACGGGCAGGAGCCACACUGUGCUGACACCCUGGUAAAGGUGACCCCUGCCAGUUGCCAGCAGCCCUGGCAUGUUCCUGCCCCACAGGGAUAGGAUAGAGUGAGUGCCAGAAACUUUCCAUCCCAAAGGCAGUGUCCGUGGUUGAAGCAGACUGGAUUUUUGCUCUGCCCCCGACCCCUGGUUCCUCUUUAGGGGAGGGGAGCUAUGCUAGAACUCCAGCCUCAGGGACUUGGGUAGCCUGGGCUAGGUUCUUUUGAUACUGAAAACUGUUUUAAGGUGGGAGGGUAGCAAGGGACAUGGUUAAUAAAUCAUUUUCAGCCUCA